AUGGCCAGAGGACGAGAUUUCAUGCAUGGAGCGAGUCUCUGGGACUUCCUGCUAGCAAUCAGCGUCCUUCAGGGCGCCAGUCCACCCGCCCAGUUGCGCAGUUCCAGCCCUGCGUCUAGCUCACGCGACGGGGCUGAACGAGAGAGCCACGCAUUAAAUCGAAAAAAAGAAAGGGAACACUCGGACGGUACAGAUGCUCAAGGGCAAGUACAUGCAUGGGGACUUGUACCUUUUCUUUGCCAGGGCGUGCGCGCUUUUAGCCAUUGGCCGCCCUGCACUGAUAUGGAGACUGCAAGUAGAGAGUACGGCCGUGUAAGCCGAGCAACAGCGAAGAGACUCGUGUACAGAGAACCGGCAAACGCUCGCCGCUCGCCGUUGGUUUGCGCGAUGCCUGAGCCGUCGUACCCGCACCACUUACACCGCUACGGCAGCUGCACAAAAGUAAACAUAAUCGCUCUUGGCCCCCCCGGCCGGGGCGUCCGAUCCUCGAUGCCGCCGUUGAUACGAGAGCACGCUCCCCCCUCCUAUCACGACGUCUCCAACCACGGCCCGCGCGUCCAGCUGCCCAUUGGCGAGCUCUUGUCGCUGGCCCUCGACGGCCGCUGCGUCUACUCGGCCACCAACCCGUCGCUCGUCUACUACGAGCUCAGCGCCGCCCCCCUGCAGGCCACGUCGCUCAUCUACGUCGUGAAAAAGGUCAAGUACCGCCUCGUGCCGGGCAGCGGCGACUCGAGCGCCCGGCUGCGCACCCGCCAGGAUGACAUCUACCUCUUCCGCGAUGCCUACGUCAAGCUGUACGCGCCGGCGCCGCGGCGCGUCGUCAUCGACGGCCGGGCCAGCGACGCCCGGUGCUAUCGCGAGGUCAAGAUGGCGCCGGGCUUGAUGGGAUGGUCGGCGUGCUCUGCGCCGGGGCACUUUUCGGCCAGGACGGGGCUGGCUGAUCGCUGGCGGCAUCAGCACCAGGUGAUUUGGAAGGACGACAGCGGCCGCAUCGUUGCCAUGGAGGAUGCUGCGGCUGCGCCCCCGGCGGUAUCUGCAUCGGCCUCGGACACGGACAGCGCUGCGGCAGCAACAACAACAACAACAACAACAACAACAGCAGCAGCAGCGGCGGCGGCGGCGGCUUCCGUGCCGUGCUUGAAGCUGCUGCGCAUGCUGGACGAAAAGGACCUGGAUCUACUGGUGACAUGCUGGACGGCUCGUCUGUGGAAGCAGGCGCAAAAGUCGCUCGGCAGCUCUCCUCCCAUAGGGCGCUCUAGAGCUCUGGUGCGCCUGGGAGGCUGUUUGCGUGUCCGCGUCGAGAAUACCCAAGCCAAACGGACAAAAGCCGGGAUGCUGCCGACUCGGGAAGCUGUCGCCACCACUGGGAUACGCACUGGGACAUCAUCAAGACCAUUCCAUCACUUCUUGACGCCCUCAGGUCUCGGACUCAAGAUCAAGAGCUCUCCAUACAAGCCCCCUGGAGCCAGCAAGGAGAACAAUGACAAGAGAAUCGUUCCAUCACGCACAUCCUCCUCCAUACCGCUUCCACAGCUUCCCCCGUCUCCCCCAAGCGAGCCCGUUCCUAGACAGGUAUUCCCCAGAUAUAACGCAAUCACCUGGCCUGCCGACAAGGCGAACCGACUGCUACCUACCCAGUCGGGCAUCGUACCUCUACUUCCACGACACAGGAGAAACAGAGCUUACAGACAAGUAUCUACCCGUAACAGCGCAAUCGGUCAAGGGUCAGGGUGGGGAGGGGGGGGACAUCAAUUGGCUGGCCUGAGCCUGGUCCUGGUCCUGGUCCUGGCCCUGGGAUUCGCUCUCACAUCGCCGAGGAAGACAAGGCAAAUCAUCUUGCGUAUUAUGCGCGAAUUGAUGGGUCAGCUGCAGACAAAGUCCAUGGAGAUUUCUCGCGCCUCUGCGGCCCUGCGCCUUUGGUACCCAUCUUCAGGAGUUUUCCGAUUAAAGCCGCGGCGUAUUAGUAUGAUGAAGACGUCGAAAAAGGCAACUUUGCCCCCCUUUCGGCAUCAAGCAGCUCACAGCAUCGUUCUAAUACUGAUUCAAUACGAAAGUGCUAUGAUACGAUCCGGUAACGAUACAGCUCUCACCAGAGCCAGCACACAACAACUUCCACGGACAAAGACAAACCGCUCCAUCCCCCACAGCCCGUCAGAGCCGCGCUAG